AUGUACUAUGACUGUAGAUAUAUUUCACGCCCUGAGGCUGCGUGGAGGAUUUUUGGGUUUGACAUACAAUUUAGGAACCCAUCUGUUGAGCGAUUGAGUUUCCAUCUUCCCAAUGAGCAAUCAAUAAUAUUUCAUGACGACGAUUUGGUCGAUGAUGUGGUAAAUCGACCAACAGUAGCUCAAAGCAUGUUUACUGCCUGGUUUGAGGCUAAUAAAAAGUACGCAGCAGGGAGGCAGUUGACUUAUUCACAAAUGCCAACCAAAUUUGUUUGGAAGAAUGAUAAAAGAGAAUGUUCGUGGCCGACUUCAUUUGAUGAGAUUAAAAAGGUCGGUGGUGUUCAAUACAAUUCAUUUAGAGAUGCGUGUUAUGCCCGCGGAUUAAUCGAAGAUGAUAAAGAGUAUAUUGAUGCAAUCACUGAGGCAGCAACUUGGUCGUUAGCAAGUUCACUACGAAAGUUGUUUGUUACCCUUUUAACAUCCAGUUCGAUGUCCAAACCAGAAAAUGUUUGGGAGAUGGUUUGGCAAUACUUAUCAGAUGAUGCUGAAUAUAUUUAUAGAAGGAACCUCUCAGUCUCAGAUUUAAAUAUGAAUGAAUCUCAAAAAAAGAAUUUUGCGCUGCUUGAAAUGGAGAAAUUGUUGAAUGCUUGGAACAAAUCUCUAUCAGAUUACCCACCUAUGCCAAUGCCAGAUGGAAACAAUGAUUGGUUUUGUGGUAACAGGUUGUUGUUAGAGGAAAUGUCAUAUGAUAGGGAAGCUCUAAUGCAUCAACAUAAUUCGUUGCAUCCGAAACUAACUGAUCAACAGCUACUCAUAUACAAUAAGGUGAUGGGAGAUGUUGAAACUGAGAAAGGUGGAAUGUAUUUCGUAUAUGGUUACGGUGGAACAGGAAAAACAUUUUUGUGGAAGACAAUUUCAGCAGCUUUACGAUCCAAAGGCGAGGUCGUUCUAAACGUAGCAUCAAGCGGUAUAGCUUCGUUGCUGCUACCUGGAGGUAGGACUGCACACUCCAGGUUUGCUAUACCGCUUGGUGUUAAUGAAGACUCCACUUGCAACAUCAAGCAAGGCAGUCCACUUGCUGAAUUGAUAAUCAAAUCCAAAUUAAUAAUUUGGGAUGAAGCUCCGAUGAUGCACAAACAUUGCUUUGAAGCAUUGGAUCGCACAAUGAGAGAUUUAAUGCGUUUCAAGAAUUCAAGGAGCUAA